AUAUCUGUACCCUUCGCUUCACCUGCAAUAUAUAUAUUUAGCUUGAGAUGGGAUUACAUGGGAAAUUGGUUGCAGCAAUAGAAUUCAAAGCCGGUGGUGGAGAUCUAUUCCACGAACUUUUAAGGCACAAACCACAUCAGAUUUCCACAAUUACCCCUGAAUUAAUAAAAGGAUGUGAUCUUCAUGAGGGUGAAUUUGGUCAUGUUGGUUCUAUCAUUUGCUGGGAUUAUAUAAUUGAUGGAAAAGUGAAGAAAGCAAAAGACCUGAUCCAGUUAAUUGAUGAAGAGAAAAAAUUAAUCCAAUUUAAGGUGAUUGAAGGAGACUUGUUGGAACUUUACAAAGAUUUUGUUUUUACAAGUCACGUUGAGACAAAGGAUGGCAUUGAUUUGGUGACAAGCACCCUCGAAUACGAGAUGCUUAAUGAGGAUGUGGAGCAUCCCAUUUCAACUCUCUCAUUGCUCAUUGACCUCGUCAAAGCUAUUGAGACUCACCACCUUGCUCAACCUUGAAUCAUUUCCAUCUCUACAAAGGAGAUGCCAUGUUCUAAAUUAUGAUGGUUUGAUUGUGCAUCAUUGAACUCAAUAAGAGUGUUUUCACCCAGUGUGCCUGAUUGUGUGUGAGAAACCCACUUUAUUAUGUAUGUUUAAAAUUUCAAGAUAUUUUCAAGCUAUUGUAUGUGUGGCACUUGUUUUUCUGAUACAGUUUGAGUGGAGUUUACUUGUGUUUCAUUGGUACUA